AUAGCCAAUUGGUACAUGCACAACUGUUGGUACUUGGUAGGUAAAUAUAAAUACUUUUCCUGAAUUGUGAAGGGUAGUGGAAGGUAACUGUAAAUUAAUUGCUUUGUCUAUUCAUAUUCUAGUGGGAAGAUAUGAUAUCAAAUUAUUUAGAGAAAUACGAAAGACAGAUAUAUUUAUUAUUUAUGUUGACUUUAAAACAUGAGGAAAUACCAUUGAUUAGAGCGUGACGAUUGACCGUAUUGUUUGACUGGAAAAGUGACGAGACCAAACUUAUUUCUACCCUUAAAACAGUCAUGAAUUUAAAUAGUCAAAUGCGUGGCCCCGACCGAAGAGAAGAAAAACCCCCUUACUCUAGAAUUUUUGUUGUAUGCAAUAAACAAUUACGUGAGGAAGACUUGCGAGCAAGAUUCGAUAGAUUUGGUGUUAUUGAAGAUUUAUACAUGCCUAAAGAUCGUAACACUGGUGAGUCUAAGGGUGUUGCAUAUAUAAAGUAUACUAAGACCUCAUCAGCAGCUGCUGCUAUACAAGAAUUGCACAUGAAAAUUUUAAAUAAUGACAGUAAACCAACUAAAGUCAUGGUUGCAGUUAACAAAAACGAAAAUACAACACAGAGCGAAAAUGAGGAAAGGUACAAAAGACUAUUUAUUAAAGUACAUAGAGAUGUUAACGAAACUGAAAUAAGACAUCAUUUUUCAAAUUUUGGUCAUGUGGAGUCUGUAUUCUUGCAACGAGACAAAGUUACAGAAGUAUGCAAAGGUUUUGCUUAUGUUCAAUAUAAACGAUUCUAUGAUGCUGCGAAAGCUUUUGAGGAGUGUGACAGCAAAUACAAACCAGUUUUUGCUACCCCACGAGAUGACUUGAAACGCAGUAGGAAUAGUCUAGAUUUUGAUAAUGCCAAUAUGAAUUCACAUACAUCUAAAAAAACAUUUAAUAAUUACAAUGACCGGCAUAAUUCACAAAACUGUCCUGAAAUUGAAUUAAAAUAUGAAAAUUCCAAUUCUGAAUCAGAAGAUUUUAACAUUGUAAUUGCAACUUGUAACCCAAAAUUACCACAGAAAUAUAUUGAACAAUUAUUUAACAUUAUCCCAGGUAUGGUUCAAUUUCAGUAUUCAUGGGAAGAAUUUAAUCGAAUUUCAAAAGCUACAAUAACAUAUAAAGAACCUAGAAAUGCUGCUUAUGCUGUUCAAAGAUUAGACAAUUUUGAAUUUCCAUCUGGGGAGAUAUUGUCUGUAAAACCAGACAAAAAUCCUUUGCUCAGAGCUACUAGUGAUUUGAGAAAUAUUGUUAAUAAUUUCAAACAUGCAGUAGAUUCUGGAUCCCCUGACCUAAAGCAAUUAGCCGAGGCUAUAGCCAAAGCAUCCUCAUUAAUUAGUGCUGCAACCACAGUUCAAUCCAAUGCAAGGGAAUCACAAGAUCUUAAUUAUUGCAGUGUCAAUUUACCACCUCCUAAGCCUAUAGCAGAUAGUAAUAGCAGAGUCGCUCAAAGGUUGUUCAUUAUUUGUAAACCUCAACCUCCUCCAACGUCAGUGUUACAAGAUGUGUUCUGCCGCUUUGGAGAUCUCAUUAAUGUGUCUACUAUACCUAAUAAAACAUUUGGUUUUGCUAAAUAUGCAUCUAUGAGUAGCGCACAAGAAGCUAUGUGUACUUUACAUGGGGCAAUAGUAGCUGGUAUCAAAUUAAAAGUUUUGGAGGCAGAUGAAAAGCCUUUUAGUGAUGGACAUGAGGUAAAUAAGAAUGAUCAAAGUGAAAAUACAGACUAUGAUAUGGACAAAAAGAGAAUGAGACUUGAUGACAAAGACUAGUGUUAUAUGUGUGUCACUUGUUACUUGACAACAAUUUAAAUGGCUGGACUUUAUUGACAGGAGAUUUUUAAAAGAAGUACAUAUUAUGAAUUUAAAUAAAUAUUUUUCUAAUAAUAUUAAUACUAGAUUUUCCCUUUUUUCCUUGAUAUUUCUUUCUUUUCUCUUAUUCAAUUUCUUCCAUAUUUCUUCAAAAUCUUGAUGUAAAUUGGAAUGAAGAUAUUAAAUUUAUAAAUAAAAUCCUU